AUGAAGGAUAGAGCAAAUCUCUUGCGAAGAUUCGUGACUUUUAAUGUUGGAGUCUUCAUUUACCUAGUAUGUUACGGUAAGUAAGAAUAAAAAGAAUCAAAGUUUCCACUUAAUUCAACGACUUUAGAAGAGGAAAGGCAUUAUUUAGACGACGCAACUUUUGAUAUAUACAUUUUUAUUUAUAAUAUUUUUAUUUCUUUUUUUUUUUUUUUCAAACAAGCUGAUAUACACUAUGUAGUCUUUUUUUAUGGUAAGUGAUAAUAAAAUAAGUGAAAGCUGCAAAUUAAAAUGGAAAUUAUUUGUCUAAAGAAACCGCAAAGCCUGGAAAUAUAUAUAUAUUUUAAAAUGCAGCAUAAGUUUCACUUUGUUAACGCUUUAAUAUCCAAAGGUUGAUUUGCAUGUAAAAUUCAAAAGCUUUAAGAUAUUUAUCGAUAUAUUGUCAAUAUAAUUAAUAAAAAAAGUUUAUAGCUAUUUUACCGAGGUUUUUACUCAAAGACGAAAGUAUCUAGACAAGUGACUUUGUGGACAAAAGAAAAUAACCCUUUUGAAUAAAUGAAUAAAAAUAAUACUUCCUACAAAUACAAAAAAGCAAGAAACCUAACAAAGCUUUCCUUGGAGUUAAGGGAGUUGUAAUUCACUUAAAGCUAAAAUUGAAAGAUGUUUGGAUUUUCUGGGUUGACUUGGAUGAAUCCCUAUGUCUUAAGUGGCAUAGGCUAGAAAUUGCCGUCUGGCUAUGAUUUUAUGCUCCUGAUAAAUGAAACUGAUAACAGCGUCCAAAUCCGAUUAAAAUCCCACAAUAUUAAAAAAUAGGUCUCUUCUGCAAGCGCGUGUCUCUUUAGUGGCGGUCAUUUUGAAUGUGAAAUACGUGGUCAACCGCGGUCAACCGCAGUAUGGAACGAGGAAUGAUAGGGGACUACUCGAAACUCUUCUCGCUGUGAUUCUUUUUCUCCAGAUCAGAGAACGGUCCUCAAAUCUGAAUAAAAUUCCAGUUCCUUCUGCACAACAGAGGUUUUUUUUCAUAUUAACGGCCGUUCAAAAUACGAAAUACGCUUUCAGUCGAAGUAUGGGAUCGAGAAAUGUUCGGAAACAGGUCGGGAUCCUUUCCACUAUUUAAUAACUAUUUUUUUUUCUCCAGAUCGAAGGUCUCGCCUUAUAUCGAGUUGAGAACGUUACUACUAUAAUCGUUGAGAAAAUCUCUCAAUAGAUUAACGGUGAUUUAAAAUCAAAAUCGAAGUGCUUCCGAUCUGGAAUUUUCAAAAUUGUUGUUCUCCAAACUUCCCAAACAUUAGACAAUUCCGAGAGCUCACAGGAGUUGACGGUUUUUUUUUUUUUAAUUUCCGAAUAGCGCCCUGGAUAGCAGGAUCGUUAAUUUGGGGGUUGUUAGACUUUGGUAUAUUUACGGAAAUAGAAAGACAAGAAGGAGUUUUUGCAGAGUCUAGGUUUCGCUGCCUUAAAGACGUUAAAUGGUAACUGUGUUUUUGAUAGGUUUGGUUGCCAUUACUCCCUCUCGAGCACAAUUUACAGGUAAGGCCACGUUUUUAGUGAUUUUCCUUGCUUAUAUUAGUCGUUAAAAUGGGCGAUAUAGUUCUAACAGUAUCGCCGGUGAGUAUUUAGACCCACAGCAUACCGUGAUGAGUCAAUACUUAACAUUCAAGCAGCCACAUUUAUCCUUCAGAGAUGCAAAUAUUGGGAUGGUUGCCAUCCUCACUUCCUCCUUAUGCUUCAAUCAUAUUGCAAUAUUCAUUUUUCCGUCAUCGUUAGUGCAUCAUAAUAUUAGAGACCUUUAGAUUCUAACACGAGUACGACUACGAGGACGAGAUUUCCUCAAUACUAAGUAGUGCGCGCGCGUGAACCAGCGUCAUUUUGGCGGGAAAACUUGGUAGCUGUCGUCAUUCUACUACGAGUUUUAGUGAGAAUGUCGUAAUGACGGAAACAAGUUAUCAAAUGUUAGAAGUUUUAUCAUUUUGCAAUCGAGAGAGGGCUUAACCUCCUUCGAUAUAGAUUACAAUGCUAUCUUUUCUAAUGGAAAAAAAACAAAACAAAACAAAACAAAACAAAAAAAACAAUGAAGCUUUCAGGGUGUCUAUUUUUUUGAGAAUACGCGAAAAAAUCUUUAAGUACUCGUAGUCGUUCUUGUCCUCGAAUCUAAAGGUCUCUAGUCUUUGGUCUUAAACGCUAAAGAAGAUAGAACGCUUCGACAACUAGCCCUUCUUCAGAGUGAACCAAUGUAAGGUAAUUUGAAUUAUGCAAUCCAGAAAAUUUUUCCCAGUGGAAACCGGGAUCCUAGGCUUCGGAAUCCGUAAUCCAUUCUGUUCCAAGCAUGCAAGGCAUACAUGCCAACUCCCCGGAUUAUCCGGGAGUUUCCCAUAUAAGGCACCGAUCUCCCGCUCUCCCGUACGAGUCACCAAAUCUCCCGGAUAAAAUCAUCCUUUGAGCUUUUGUGUGACUUAGUUUGUGAUUUAGCCCAUUUUUAGCUCAAAACUUGAAUUUUUCUUAUUCACAGUACGGUUUCUGGUGCAUUUUUGCACGUAUUUAGUCACUCACAAAGAUUAUUUCUGGUAUCAAAACGAUGAAUGCGAAUUUUGAUAGUAUGCACUCAAUGUAAGACUUCAUUUAAUGUCCUAAGUCAUUCCCAUUGGGGGCUAGGUCAAUUUGUCGGGGAAGGGGGGGGGGGGUUAAGUUGAAAUUCCGGUAGGGUAAUGAAAAAGAGAGUCUCCAGAUUUUAGAUCUGCAGAGGUUGACAUCUCUGACAAGGCCUAGCGCUCGAAAAGUUAAAGCCUAAAUUUUUGUUCAAGAAAGGUUUAACUCUAGGUCUUGGACUUGUUUUAUAGCGUGUACGACACGCGGAAACCACACAGAGGAUAUCUACCGAGAAGUACCCAUCAAAAACGCGAGAACCAGUGUAACAAUUAGCAGUCCAAACUUCCCCAAUCCUUAUCCCCGGAACAUGCAAUGCACAUGGAGAAUUUUGGCUCCAAAAGAUUACAAGGUCCAGAUUUCUUUUCUGGAAUUCAAACUAGAAGAGAGCUACCUUGACUCUGGUUGUCAUGACUACGUCAGCGUCAGGUUGGUGGUACCUCAGCACUUAUCAAAGCCAGGUUUACUGGUGAGGGUUUCACCACAAUUUCUUCUGGAAAAUGGAAAAUUCAAACAAGGCUUGAAAUAGUACAAUUUUUUCUUGGAAAUGAAGGGAACGAUCCUUUUGCAAAGACUAUCAGCGAAAAAAUACAAACCAUUGUCGCCUCGUUGCCUCCUCACUCCUCAAUAAGAUAUAAUAUAUUUUUCACUGUAUUUUUUCUUUUUAAUCCGUAUUCUUUACUAAGUGUAGACGUUAAAUGUCCACCAUUUCUAAGACCUCCUCCGGUGUUCCCCUAUAAACUGCAAGUAUGGUGCACGUAACAUGGGUUUACAUGCAAGAGUAAAAAAUCCCUGUUCCUCAUCUUAAAUAAAGUUACUUUACAGCCUCGUCCCUAGAUUUCUGGAUAUAGACCUGGGCCUAGUUGUUCGAAGGCCGAUUAGCGCUUAACCUGGGGUUAAAUUUAACCCGGGUUUCUUUCUCUUGUGUUCAAAAGCAUUUUCUUGGAUAAUUUUCUCUGUUAUUUUUAGAACUUCCGAUCAUCAACGAGAAGACAAAAAGAAUUAAAACUGAAAUGCUUUUUAAGCUUUCAAAUCUGAAUUCAAAUCUUGCACUAACCCGGGGUUAUCUUAACCAGCUUUGAACAACUCGGCCAUGCGGUUAACGAGGUUAAUUACUUUAGACUCAGCCAAUAGUGUGCCAUUUUGAGAAUUUCGUAACCUACCAGGACUAAAUGACAUGAUCAUUGUUUCACCUAUUAGAGAGAGCGGAACUACUUUCAGGGACGGAAGAGAAAUAAGAAGGCGUUGUGGCUUUACCAGUCCUCCCACAGUCCAAUCCAGCGGUUCAAUCCUAUGGAUAAGAUUUCUAAGUGAUACGAACAAAGAGACUGAGAAGGGGUUUGCCAUUAAAGCCCUCCCUGUUAAUGGUAAGAGUUUAUUGUCGUUGCUGCACUGUUACAGAAAGUUAAAGUUCACCUGGUAAAUAUUACGUCUAGGCAUCAAAUAAGUUCUGAAUAACUAAGGGGGAGGAUUGGUGCCUUGUAAGGAUUAGUAUGGCCGUGGGAAGAAACUUAUUAAGUAUAUUGGCCAACAGUCCUAUUUCAAAACUUGAAAAGAACUUCGCGAUAUUUGUAAAAAGCUUUUAAAACCAAAAAGGCCUCUGCACAUUCUUCACCUCUGCAUUUUCCCUCAUGAUGUUCAGUGUGGAAGAGUAUCUGCAGUCGAUUAUUCGAUCGCUUACUCGUCUGAGUUAACUGUAGUAUACGUAUGUACUGACCAAACUUUAAGGAAAUGACUACGUCAUUUGUCGUUCUUUUUUCCCUACUCUAGUCACAGGUAGCCCAAGCUCACUAUGAGAGCCCUGAACAACAUUAUCCUACUUAGCUAGUUCAUUAUUCAUACGUUGUAUGGAGAAAUAUUCUUUGCUCACUAAAUUAGUAAAAGGUACAUUGAAUAUCGCUUUGAAGCUUACCUUUAGCGUCUUCUUGUUUUUCUUUGUAUUCUGACUGGAUUUCAGACCUCCUAGGCACUGUUUAAGGCCUCUACUGUCAUCUGGGUGAAAAACUGUUGCUCCAAAAAAGGCCUUAAACAGCGCCUAGUAGGUCUGAAAUGCAGUCAGAAUACAAAGAAAAACAAGAAGACGCUAAAGGUAAGCUUCAAAGAGAUAUUCAAUGUACCUUUUGCUAAUUUAGUGAGCAAAGAAUAUUUCUCCAUACAGCGUCUUAUAAUUUUCUUGCCGUAUGAAUAAUUAAUUAGCUAAGUAGGAUAAUGUUGUUCAGGGCUCUCAUAGUGAGCGUGGGCUACCUGUGCUCUAGUUCACUGUUGACAAAGCCAUUUGUGUCAAUUAGAGUAUUCUCUCCUGGCCGAAAAAGCUGUAUCAAUAAUGCACACCUUCGUUUUGUUCUCUCCAGGCUCAUCGCCAAAGCGGUACAUAGCUAUCGGGACACUUGUGGCAUUGCUACUAAUCAUAAUAAUAGUCAUCAUUGUUUGCCGGAAACGAUUUCAACUAAAACAAGACAAAUGCACUCCUAAGGUACGUCAAUACCGAGAGCUGUCUAUCCCCAUUGACGCAGAGCUUGACCAAACAAAGUCCCCAAAUGAGGAACCAGAAACGCCGGGUAUACCUGAGGAGGACCCUUGCAACGGCGAGUGCAAAAUGACCCAAGAAGAUCCUAACGUCCAGGGUGCCUUUUAUUUGCGGCCCAUGAGAAAGUCCGAGGCUUCUGGGUAUUGCUCUCUCUCCGAAGAAGGAGAUUCACUCGAGUUUAAUACAACAAGGACUUUCACCAAGCUGACUCCGAAGAAGAGCGCCCCCAAUAAACAAGACGAGUUGGAGUACACAGAAUUGUUAACUGUUGUGUAAAUCUGUGCUUGGUCGUCAAAGAUCGGUAGUAAU